AUGGCUGUUGACAUCGUUGAGGGAGGAGGGUUGGGGCAAAGGCGCAAACAAUGGACUGAGGUGCUUUCUUCAGAGCCUAGGGCUUCCAUUUUUCACAAUUUUUUGUCUAAGGAAGAAUGUGAAUAUCUUAUAAAUCUAGCCAAACCUCGUAUGUCGAGAUCAAAAGUGCUAGACCCAAAUACUGGUCAGACUGGACAUAGCAGCUCGCGCACAAGUACUCGCAUGCAUUUGAAAAGGGGUCAUGAUGAAGUCGUUAGGGACAUUGAGAGAAGGAUAGCAAAUUACACAUCAAUUCCCGUGGAGAAUGGAGAAGGUCUUUCCGUUAUCAAUUAUGAAGUCGGACAAAAGUUCGAGCCUCACCACGAUGUCCACCGUAUGGCUACUCUUUUGAUGUAUCUAUCGGAUGUUGAAGAAGGUGGAGAGACGUAUUUUCCCAAUGCUAUCGCUAAGAGGAAGUGUUGCCGUUUUCCAGGAUGCACAAAAAGAAGGGGGCUUUAUGUGAAACCAAAAAUGGGGGAUGCAUUGUUUUUCUGGACCUUGAAGCCUGAUCGAAUUACUGUGGAUCCAUCAAGCUUACAUGGUGGUCGCCCAGUGAUCAGAGGUGAUAAGUGGGCAUGUAUCAAGUGGAUGCAUGCUGAAGAAUUCAAAGCCUCCAAGACUGAGAACUUAAAGUACUGGACUAGAACGGAGGAGGUCUUUCUGUUAUCCAUUAUGAAGUUGGACAAAAGUUCGAGCCUCACUCACCACGAUGGCUAUGGCCGUAUGGCUACUGUUUUGAUCUAUCUAUCAGAUGUUGAAGAAGGUGGAGAGACAUAUUUCCCUAAUGCUCGGGAGAAGUUUAGCCGCGUUCGAGGAUUCAGAUUGAGAAGCGGGCUUUAUGUGAAACCAAAGAUGCGGCAUGCACUGUUUUUCUGGACCUUAAAGCAUGAUCUUACCACUGUGGAUCCAUCAAGCUUGCAUGUGUUAUUGGGUGGAGAACUUUCUAUGGGAAUAACUGUGUGA